AUGGCGAUCAAUCAGCUUCCUGUCCGUUUGAUCGUGAACGAAAGGGAGUACGCAUUGAUACGGAGGCUGAUAUCAAGAAGUCCGUUCCCCCAGCCUGAUACUACUACCAAGCGAACCCAGCUUCACGAUGGUGCAUCAAGCUCAGAUGUCCAAUACGAUGACCACAAGGCUGCAGCAUUCCGCUCAGCAUCGCGGGUGUUCGUGGUCACAUAUGGAACUCUUAGGACGAUUGGUGCGAUCCUGGAUCGUCUUGCAGUACAAAGACCUCAAACAGCAACUCGAUCUCGAAAGCCGCUUGUCGCGUCCCAUUUAAAGGUGGCACUGUCAUUGUCGUCUCUGCUGUUCUUCCACGCAACACUCUAUCGCAUAUUCGUCCGCCUGAGACUGCAACUUUUACACGAAAAAGUCCGCAGCAUCAAGGAACGGUACCCAAGGAUGUACGCGGUCCUCACUUCCCGCAUUGCACCGGCAAUCGGAGCCAGUCUGUCCGGACUUGCGCUGGGAAUCUGUCCGGCCGACCAACUCAGAAUGACGAUAUCGAUCUACGUGGGCUGCCGGGCCUUAGAAAUUGGGUACGCCGCUAUUGAACACACGAAGCUCAUCCGAAGCAAACCGUCUUGGGUGGGAAGCUGGAUCUUGUUCGCUCUAGCACAAGGUCAACUGCUGCAUGCUUUGGUAUUCGAUCGCGACUGCUUUCCCGAGGCAUACAGAUCGUUCGUCAUCGGAUACACACCCGAGUACAUCCAGGCACCUCCACCAAAUCUCUCCCCUAGAGUGACCUGGCCGGCGGCCGAUAGCAUUGUGGAUGCGCUAGCACAAAUGGCACGUCUGAGGUGGCCGCCCUUUGUCUCGCCAAUUCUGCAUCCCAAGAUGGCCAACACCUUACCGGCAAGCAUCGAUCCUAUCAUCUCACCCAUCACCUCGCGAGCACAUCCAGGAAUUCAGAAAUUAUCGUGCGCUCUACUUCACCCGUCGGAUCCGUCCUGCUUCCUGGCCUACCUGCGGCAAAUGCUACUGUCCUUUCCAGAGGUUGCGAAGUUCUUCACCAAAUACUACGGAGCACUUGCAUUAUUGCGAGGCAAGAAACUUCUCGGAGCGCCAGUGGCCAGCUUGAAUAGUCUGUCAGAAUCCAUUUUGAGGUCGACGAUUGCAAUGGCGGGCUCGAUCGGGGCAUCUUGGGGCACGAUAUGUCUGUUCCAAAACAUCUUACCCCGCGCGUUCCAGCCGAAGUUCCGAUUCUUCUUGGGCGGGCUGUUGGGAGGACUUUUCCAGCUGUUUGAUCGUACGGAAGCUGGACAUGCUAAUUCUUUAUAUGCCGCAAGGAUGAGCAUCGAUUCGUUGUGGAAGGUUGGUGUUAAGCACCGAUGGUGGAAGGGUAUCAAAGGCGGAGAGGUGUGGGUUUUCGUGGCCUCGCUGGCUCUGGUCAACGUCGUCUAUGACUUGGGCAAAAGUACCCCAGCUGGGCAGGACCGAGCCCUGUCGCUUAUCAAGGUGCUCAGAGGUGAGGUUGAGCUUGGUUUGCGCGAAAAACGUGAGACUCCCACCGAAGCGACCACGACGGAGGAAAAGGUCGCAGAUACCUGA